AUGUCGAGCACCCAAGGUACGGAGGGCGUUGAGCGCCGUGGGUCCGACGACGGUAAGGACAACAAGGAUACCCAGGGAGGCGACGAUGCCGGAAACAUAUCCAACAAAGCGGCCGUCGACGGUGAUGCUGAGAUGGAGGAUGCCCAACCGGAGGAAGACGAGAUCUUGGAUGGGGAAAUCCUGGGUCUCAGCACACAAGAUCUACAAACCCGCAAACGUCUACUUGAGAACGACGCCAGAAUCAUGAAGAGCGAGUACCAACGGUUAUCACACGAGAAGGCGACCAUGGGGGAGAAGAUCAAGGAGAACAUGGAAAAGAUUGCCAACAACCGGCAAUUACCUUACCUGGUCGGCAACGUCGUUGAGCUGCUCGACCUCGACCCUACCGCCGAAUCCUCCGAAGAAGGUGCCAACAUUGACUUGGACGCCACACGAGUCGGCAAGUCGGCUGUCAUCAAGACGUCUACGCGGCAAACUAUCUUCCUCCCCCUGAUCGGUCUCGUCGAUGCGGAUACUCUCAAACCCGCCGACCUAAUCGGUGUCAACAAGGACUCGUAUCUUAUCCUCGACACACUACCAGCCGAAUACGACUCGCGAGUCAAAGCUAUGGAGGUCGAUGAGAAGCCUACGGAGAAGUACACCGAUGUUGGUGGGCUGGACAAACAGAUAGAGGAGCUGGUCGAGGCUAUCGUUUGGCCCAUGAAGGAGGCUGAACGCUUCAAGAAGAUUGGAAUCAAAGCUCCCAAGGGCGCCUUGAUGUACGGUCCCCCGGGAACGGGCAAGACCCUACUCGCCAGAGCUUGCGCCGCCCAGACCGAUGCCACAUUCCUCAAGCUCGCCGGCCCCCAGUUGGUGCAAAUGUUCAUAGGUGAUGGAGCGAAGCUGGUGCGCGACUGCUUUGCAUUAGCUAAGGAGAAGGCGCCAGCUAUCAUCUUCAUUGACGAGCUGGAUGCUGUGGGUACCAAGCGUUUCGACAGCGAGAAGAGCGGUGAUCGCGAGGUUCAACGAACUAUGCUGGAGUUGCUCAACCAGCUUGACGGUUUCGCCUCGGAUGAUCGGAUCAAGGUCCUCGCCGCAACGAACCGUGUCGAUGUUCUUGACCCUGCCCUUCUGCGAUCUGGUCGUCUGGAUCGCAAGAUCGAGUUCCCCCUGCCGAAUGAGGAGGCUAGAGCACAGAUUAUGAAGAUCCACUCGCGCAAGAUGAAGGUUGAUGGUGGCGUGAACUGGGGAGAGUUGGCGCGGAGUACGGACGAGUUCGGUGGUGCCCAGUUGAAGGCUGUCUGCGUCGAGGCUGGUAUGAUUGCCCUGCGAAUGGGCAAGAACAAGAUCAGCCACGAACAUUACGUGGAUGCCAUCGCCGAGGUGCAGGCAAAGAAGAAGGAGACGGUCAACUUCUACGCAUAA